CUAUAUUAUUGCCACGUUAAUGGUUUCACUUUUUUCCCUUUUGCGUCACUUUGGAUUCGCUCGAGUUCGCGUUCCAAUUUGUGUGUACCGUAUGCGAACUGUCGCGAGUUAUUUUAUUCGCGAGUAACAUCGAAUAAUAUUGUUUAAUAAGAAAAUCGAAGAACUUGUGGACGAGGAAUAUGGGCCGCUAUAGAAGCCGUAGUCGCGAUCGGGACAGGCGGCGCAGAUCGCGUAGUCGCUCGCGGAGUAGAUCACCGCGUGACAGGAGAAGCUGGGGUGGCAGCGGAGGACGCGAUAGGCCUUCCAACAGUCGCAGCAGUCGUGGUCAGCCCGGCGCGAAUUUAAGGAAACCACGAUGGGACCUCAGUCGAUUGGAACCCUUCAAAAAGGACUUUUACAUUCCUCACGAGGCAGUUCAAAAUCGAGAUCCACGUAUCGUGGAGCAAUACAGGGUUGAGAAAGAAAUUACGUUGAGGGGCAAAAAUAUACCUAAUCCUGUUUUCAAUUUCGACGAGGCAGGUUUCCCGGAUUAUGUCCUGAAAGAGAUCAAAAGACAAGGCUUCAGUGAACCCACAUCGAUCCAAGCUCAAGGAUGGCCUAUUGCAUUAAGCGGCCGAGAUAUGGUGGGCAUUGCAUCCACAGGAUCUGGGAAAACACUAUCUUAUAUAUUGCCUGCGAUAGUUCACAUUAAUAGCCAGCCGAAAUUAAGUCGUAAAGAUGGGCCUAUAGCGUUAGUGUUGGCACCUACACGAGAAUUGGCCCAACAGAUUCAGCAGGUUGCCGACGAUUUCGGACACUCGUCAGGCAUUAGAAAUACUUGUCUGUAUGGUGGAGCACCGAAAGGGGCCCAAGCCAGGGAUCUGGAUGGUGGUGUAGAAAUAGUUAUUGCUACACCUGGUAGACUACUAGAUUUUCUCGAGUCUGGGAAGACAAAUCUGAAAAGAUGUACAUACUUGGUAUUAGAUGAAGCUGACAGGAUGUUGGACAUGGGAUUUGAGCCACAAAUCAGAAAGAUAAUAGAACAAAUUAGACCAGACAGGCAGACAUUGAUGUGGUCGGCCACAUGGCCUAAAGAAGUAAAGAAUUUAGCUGAAGAUUUUCUUAAAGAUUAUGCUCAAAUCAACGUUGGUUCUUUACAACUUUCAGCAAAUCAUAAUAUAUUGCAAAUAAUAGAUGUAUGUCAGGACUAUGAAAAAGAGAAUAAAUUAAGUACUCUAUUGAAAGAAAUAAUGGCAGAAAGUGAGAAUAAAACCAUAGUAUUUAUUGAAACGAAACGUAGAGUAGACGAGAUAACGAGGAAAAUGAAGCGCGAUGGUUGGCCAGCAGUUUGCAUUCACGGUGACAAGACGCAACAGGAACGAGAUUGGGUUUUACAAGAUUUCAGAUCGGGCAAAGCACCAAUCCUUGUUGCUACUGAUGUUGCUGCGCGUGGUCUUGACGUUGAAGAUGUCAAGUUUGUCAUCAAUUUUGACUACCCCUCCUGUUCCGAGGAUUAUGUUCAUCGUAUCGGUCGUACCGGCCGUCGACAGAAAACCGGCACAGCGUAUACUUUCUUCACGCCCAACAACGCCAACAAGGCCAACGACCUGAUACAAGUACUGAAGGAGGCAAAUCAGGUGAUAAAUCCGAAACUGUUGGAGCUCGCCGAUGGUAAAGCUGGCGGAUAUGGCAGAAACAGAGGUGCAAGAAAUCGAUGGCGAUCUCGAGGCGGUGGAGGCGGUGGUCGUAACGGAAAGGAACGCAGUUACUCGCGAAGCAGAAGUCGAAGUCAUAGCAGAGAACGCAACGGUCGUAGCAGUCGACGAAGCUAUAGUCGUAGCUAUUCGCGAAGUCGUAGCCCCAUUAGUAACCGUAACGAGGUUAUCGGCAAGAGUUACUGGAGUAGCGAGAGAUGAUCUUCCAGCGGCGGCUAAAAACGUGUCUGUAUUUACGAGACAGGUAAAUUUUUUUUACGUCCAAUAAAAGCGGUGCAUCAGCAAGAUAAUGACUGUUGAAAUCACCGAUUUUAAAUGAAACAUACGCUAUUCGCAAUAAGUUAUUUAUGCCGAGUUUAAUGGGACGCUAUUGUAAUUUUGCAUACAGUAGCAUAUAUACGUCUUCGUAUCCCAUGGAAUCGCCAUUAAGCUGGCGCCAGAUUAUGCGGGUUAAUUCGCGAUUUAUGAAUAGCUGAUGGAAAAGAUAGUCGAAUCGCGAACGAUAAAUCAGGCUUUCCGCAUUGGCGAACGAUAAAUCUUUCGCGAAUUACUGUGAAAUCACGAAUAAUCUAGCGCCCUAGCUUUUGACUUGCUGUGCAACAUAUUUGAUAGUUUGCUGACCACAUUUACACGAAUCUAUUAUAUCAACUUCAAUAUACUGAUCGUCGCUGUCGUAAGAUAAGCUUUUAUGCAAUUCAUGUGUAUUUGUAAUAUUUAAAGUAUACUUGGAUUUGGACAAGUGAAGAUAUUUUAAUUGCUACUUGUUAUAUAAUGAUAGAAUGUGCUAUCAUUUUUUAUUUCCUUUUGCAUCUUCUCUGCCGCAUCUAAUUUUUUCCCUCUCAAGUGUUAUCUAUAUACACCAGAUUUAGAUUAGAUAUAAUACGAAUACAUUACAACGCAAACUACCGUUUAUAUGUUUUUAUAACUCUCUACUUCUUACAUCCCAGUAGUAAAAAAAAAAGAAAAUAAAACUAAGAUGAUGUAAGCGAAUGAAUAAAUCUAAUCAUUAUGCAAACUAAACUUCCAGAAUGUAGCAACGUUUAAUUUAGUAUAUAUAUAUAAUAUAAUUAUAUAUUAUAUAUGAAAUAAUAUAAUAUAUUGAUAUAAUAUAUAAUUAUAUAUUUUAUACAUAUAGAGAUCGUAAUUAUAAAUGUCUAGCGCGCUUAUAUUUGUAAUUUAUUCGUCUGUAUUUAGACAAUUGCGACAGAUAAUAAAUAAUAAUAAUAACACUUGAUGUACAGUAUUUCACCAAUGUGACACAAAUAAAUUCGUAUAAAUGUGUCUAAAUUAUUAUACAUCAUUCCGUAUUACACUACUAAUACACAUUGGCUCCUACUAGAAUAUUUUUCAAUGACUAUGUUAUUUUAUUAGUAGCCACUUACCUGUGAUGCACUCGGCGAUAAUAUAUCUAUAAAUUAUAUAAGCGCUACAUUAAUUUAAUAAAAUAUAAUAAAAUCAUUCAUCGUAAAAAAGAAGUGGAUCCUAAUUGUAGCGAUUGUCGGAAUUACUUCGUUAAUCAUGUAGGGAAGAGUAAAACAACAAAAGAAUGAAAAAUGACUCAUACGUAGGAUCAAUUUUUCGCCCCGUUCUGUUUAAUUUAAUUUAUAUAUCUUAAUUACACACACAGUGAUAAUGCUUAAAGGUCUUACGGUAAUUUUAGAAUACCGAUUCUGUUUGUUGUUUUCUCAGCCUAAUGUGCACCGAUCUUCGGUUCGGUUGGCUUCGCAUCCUCUGGUGGCCGAUCCCGGCCACACGUGCGAUACUUUGUUGACAAGAAUGAUUAUUACUCAACCAAUAUAAGAUGUACACCGGUGUAAUUGACGAUCUAAUGAGUUUCACGCUGGAAAAGAUCCCUUCUUUUUUUUUAUCGGACUAUGCGCCACGAUAUAAAUUUAUUAUGUUACACAUCUUGAAUAUCGUGCUUUUGCACUCACGAAUCACAAACAUGCAAUAUCUUCUUCUUUACGUUCUCGACGCGUGCUCGCUCGAGAGUCGAUUGUGCCCUCUUUCGCCAAGGGAGGACACGAUCCUUACGAUUAUUAUGGACAACGUUUAAUAUCCGCUCGUCGAUACUUAUCCAGGACGCGAGCGCGGUUUUAUAGGGGAUUAAUUGAAACGGUGAUCGUGACUCGAUCGCGAUUACGGCGAGGAAAUCUUCGACAGUUUCAACCGAAAGUUUGAGGCACCUUUGAAUAUCUAUAGAAAGAAGCGCAAGAAAUUUCUAUGUACUUUAUUAUAGCACAAUCGCAUAUUUUAGAAAGUAUUAUUAUUCGGUCUUUAUAAAAAUUUACCGCGUCUCGUUUUCUCAAUUCAAGAGUCCUAUAGAGAGGACUCAUCAGAGAUGCCUCGUAUUUUCGGUCGAGACCGCGCAAGACUCGCUUAUCGUUUGUCCGUGAUUGUAAGAAAAAACGAUACCGAUGUCCCACUAAUCGUAAUGUUAACGUUAAAGUGCGAUUUUUUUGUGUCUUCGCAAUGCAAACGUGCGCGGGAUAACGCGAGAAUCUCUUGUGAGACACGCACAGUGUGCGUACGUGCGGCUUGUGUGUUUUUGUGUACAUGUGUUCAACAAGCUCCUCGCAUGAAUUUUUGGGGUAAAGGAGGAAUUUAUUUUGUUUUUACAGAGGGCUCAGCAUGCUUCGUUCACAUAUAUUACAACGUACGCAUAUAACAAUAACAUUAAACCCUUUAGGUGUGUCUUCGGACGUGGGAGAGAGCUAUGUGUGUGGCGCGCUUAUAAUUAUAUUUGCGAUACAAUGGGAUCUCUCGUACUUCGUAUCUCGUGCAAGGGUCAUAUAUUCAUGUGUGUGUGUGUGUGUGUGUGUGUGUGUGUGUACUUAUGUGUGUGAGACGCUAUGUGUUCUUUUUUGGUGUGCGAAUCGAUCUCGCUUGGAUUCGAGUGACUCCAAGCAAGCGAGUGACAAGUGUGAGGGUGAAGUUUUACACGGUCGUCCCCAACUUCCGGUCACCGGAAGUAACCUCCUCAAUCCGCGCGAUAUAUCCCGAUCGUUUUAUCUCGAAAUCUUUACUUUUUAGCGUUACAUUUACGACUUAUUGUUAGAAUCGAGGAGGGCACGUGAUCCGGUGACGCGUGCCGGCGCGUGCGUGCAGCAGAUUCGAUGAUAUCUAAUUAAACAUCAGUCAAUUGUCCACAACCGCUAAAAUAUCCGAAAGCCUCGUCUCAAAGAGCCAGCGGCUUCCAAAAAAGAAGCGAAUUGAUGAUGGGAGACGAGACAAAACGUUGGAGGCAAUCGUUGCUCGGUCGCUCAAAUUAAAGGCGUUCGCUAAAAAUGUCAUCAAUUUUUUAUACCUUCGUUUUCGAUAUGCAAUCAUGAAGCCGGACAAUUCGGGGAAAAAGACAAUUUCUCGCACUCGUUAUUAUAUGGCUCUAUUGUCAAACUAUCCGUGUAGAUUCUACGAUUGCUCUUUUGUGUUGUUAAGAAAUCGUUAGAAAGCACAAGAAUAAUUUUUUAGAUUGACUUGUAAUAUCUUUUAUAUCGAGAUAAUACAUAUAAUCUCUCGGUCGUAUUUUCUCGUGACUUCUUUCGCGCGCAAAAAAAAAAAGGAAGCGAAGUAUCUCGGAGCACGAAUUUUUAUUAUGUUGCGUUGAUUAAAAAGAUGCAGAAAGUUUCAAGCGAUCUACUAACAGCCUGUAGCUAUCUCUGCAAAAGAUUUCGCGACGAUUUAAGUCUGUCGAUUCGGACCGCUCGAUGCAUCGCGCAUCUACGAGAUUCGCUAAUAUAAACGUGCGCGCGAGUCUAUACGCUAUCGAGAGAUUCGAUAACCGUUGUACUAUAUAUAUACAUAGAUCUCUACGUGUAAUCGUUUCGUAAAUACUGGCUUUGUGUCCCUUCGUGUCUCUAACACGUACAGAAAGAGACAUCCCUUAAGUAUAUAUGGUGUCGCUCACUCCCGGCUCACGCAGAAGCCAGUAAUAUACCGGGUGUUUACGCGCAAACAACGACAGUCUCCGUGUAACAUAUUAAAGCCGUAGCCACGGUAUAGACGGAUGCGGAGAAUUUGAAACGAACCGGACAAGAUAGAAAAACAAAGAUGACGAUCGCUCUCGUCUAUACCACAUCUACGAUCUAAUUAUUCUACAUAAUAUUCGAAAAAUCCAAGCAAAAAAAUAAAAAUCAAGUGUCCCCUCCGAUUACUGCUAACGUUGUAUGCACGAUAAUACUGCAUGAUCAUUAUUCUACUUAAAUUACGUGCGUGAAGCGGCGUUUUAGAUAUUUCACGCGCAAUCGAUUCCGAUUCUAACAUACAUCCCGAUUUGCAAAUAUGUACCAUUAGUCUGAAUUGCGCGAAACAACGAAUUACGAGUCGAGAGAUUACAGUAUUCAUCCGUUGAAGAUUGAUUUUGUUCAAUUUUUCCAAUUGUUAAAUUUAAAAAAAAUGAUUAGUGUGCGACGAGGUGUAUUAUUGUUAUAAUGGCGGGAAGUUGACUUCAUUUCUGCGAAGGUUUGACGCAAGAUUUUCGUAGCUUUGCGUAUGUAGAUAUUUCUCGGCUACCGGAAAUAAUUCUCGCUUGUGAUUAUUUGAUUUUAUUUCUCCAGGAUUUAAAGAGAUCUGCCUAAAUAAUACUUAGAAGUAUAAUUUUUACUUGAAUCGUGUGACGUAAAUAUAAACUCUCGCAGUUUAAUAUUCCUUAUACUUUUACGAUAAUAUUUUCGAAAAGUGCGGCGAUUCGUUAUAAAAAAACACAGUCACCGUUAAUGACAUUUGUAUCUGCAUUUACGACGAUUUUCCCGCUUUCGUAAGGAUACUUUUCGUUCCAUACGCGUGAUCCCGGCUUGUUAUACCCAGAGACACAGAUGCAUCUUUUGUUUUAAGUUACAAUAUCGAAUCUUGGAAUAACGACAUCGAUAUUAAAUCGCAUUUAUCACACGAACAAUUGUAAUUGUAGAAAGAAGAUGAGUUUAUAUACUCCGAGUAUAACACGCAAUCCUACAAGGGCGCGAGAUGUAUUAGCCGACGUCGCGAGCGGAUUGUCGAAUCCGCGAAAUAGUUACUUCUUCUUACGCACGCGCAUGGUAUCGAUUGCACGAAGUAAAAGGAAGAUACGAACGGGGAGAAACGGAGGGAUGCAGAUCGGACGCGCGUGAAUCUCCGUUCAUUGCAAAUUAUCAGUCGGGGACGAGUUAUUCCCCCGACAAUCUUCUGGAUUCGAGAUUAGGGACGCGGCUCUUCAGAGAAAUAACGCACGCAGGAAAUGGCAUGCCCGAUCACGCACCCUCCUGUUUCCUCGUUAACCACCGAGUACGUAACGGAAUGUGCUCUCGUCGAGGCUUACUGGGGUCGCCGUGUCGUCUCUCGCUUGAGGGUAGCGUCUCCCGUCGAGUUUCAAAAAAUACAACUAUCGUCCGCACCGCGUUUUCUUUCUUUCUUUCUUUCUUACGUUUUUUUUCUCUGUGAGCACGUUCUGCGUGUCAUCUCCUCGUUCCAUCCGCGAGGUCGACGACACCGCAAUUCCUCGCAACAAGUAGAAUAAUAAGUCGACGGGGGUAGAUUUUCACGCGCGGCGUCGCCGAUCUCUUGUGAGCAAUAUAUGUGUGAUAGCCCCGAGCCGGGUAUCUCCUCUUCUCCCUGGGCGACCGACCCGGGGCAGCGGAAAAAGAAAAUACAUUCGUCCGCGAAUUGCGCGCGACGCGACUGCUUCACCGGUAUUUUGUAUCGCGAGUCCGCGCUCGCCCUCGGCUCGCAUUCGCGUCUGCACGUUAAUCUUUAUCCGGGCUUCGAAUUAUUUUCGUAAAAAAAAAUAACAUCUCCUUUACAUUCAUUCACUGUUUCUCUGCAAUUCGCCCAAAAUAUUACGAAUUCUCAAUUCGUUGAUAAUUUACGCCAAAUAAUCGCUUCGGCGAAAGCGUAUUAGCUUUUCUUCUUAGAAACGGGAAAAGAAUCGCCCAGAUAAGGAUUAAAAUUAGCGAUACCAAGGCGUCUCUCGUGUUGUAUAUUAUCAGUGAUGAAGGAACAGAUGGUACCUUUCAAAGCGUCCACUGAUGUUAAGCGUUAAAUUAUAACGGUUAGUUUUCCCGAUUUAAUUUUAAACUUCGCGAUAACUGUUUUUUUUUUU